UAUCCUUAUAUCGAUUAUCAAUAUUGAAACAUGUUAAGGAAUAAAACUCAAAAGGAAUUGAUUCAAUUGUCAAAACAAUUGAUUCAACCAUUAUUACCCAACUUCCAUAAGGGACAAGCUGGAAGAGUGGUUGUAAUUGGUGGAUGUGAAGAUUAUACGGGAGCUCCGUUUUUCUCAAGUCAUUCAGCUGCUUUAAUUGGAGCUGAUUUAUCUCAUGUUAUAUGUGAGAAAUUAGCAGCUCCAGUUAUUAAACUGUAUUCUCCUGAUUUAAUGAUUCAUCCUUAUCUUUUUGAUUUAAAUAAUCCCGAUAUUCAAUUGAGUAAAGAAGAAAUUAGUAAGAUUUCAAAAAUCCCCAUUCAAGAAUUGAUUGAAUCAAAUCAACCUAAAUUAAAUACUAUCAUUGAUGAUAAAAUCUUACCUAAAGUGCAAUUACUAUUAGAAAGAUCGGAUAUUGUUGUGAUUGGUCCGGGAUUCGGUAGAGAUCCAUUAAUGUUAAAAUCAUUGAGUCGAAUAAUUGAAGAAAUCAAAGUAUUAAAUAAACCAAUUGUAUUGGAUGCGGAUGCAUUGUACUUAAUUUCAGUUAGUCCAUCACUUAUUAAGAACUAUACUAAUGCAUAUUUGACUCCUAAUGUGGUUGAAUUUGAUAGGAUUGCAAAAGCUUUGAAAAUCAAAUCAAAAAUUGAUGAAGAUAAUUUAGAAAAAUUAAUUGAAGAAACCAUUGAAUUAUCGAAAAAAUUAGGUAAUGUAACCAUCAUUAGAAAGGGGAAACAAGAAUUAAUUGUUCAUAAGAAUGAAUAUUUAAUCAAUGAUAUGGAAGGUUCAUCGAAAAGAGUUGGAGGUCAAGGUGAUACCUUAACGGGAGCUUUAGCUACCAUAAUCAAUUGGUCGAAUAAUUAUAAUAAAAAAGUAUGGGAUUUUGAUCCAGCUUCAAAGGAAAGAUUAACUAAUGAAGAAGCUAAUCUUUUGGCUUGUUUUACAGCAUGUACUUUGGUUAGAACCGCUAGUAAAAAAGCAUUUAAAAAGUAUAAAAGAGCUAUGCAAACUUCUAAUAUUCAUGAAUUUUUAGGUGAAACUUAUGAUGAAUACUUUGAUAGUGUGACGUAUACAAAGUUAUGAAUAAUUGGUAAACAAGGAUAAUUAAGGGAAUAUUAAAAAAAGAAAAGGUAUAUUUAUAUAAUACAUAGUAGUGUUUUUAAUGAUUGAUUUAUAGGUUUAAUAGAUACAUACUAUAUCUGCA